GCCUUUCUUUGCCUCGCCAGCCAGAAGCCGAACUAUUUGUUGAGGCCUCCAUUGAUGGCUUCUUUCACAUUUACAUCACCGUUGCAUGCUUCCCUUUUCCCCCUUGCCUUCGAAUCCCGUUACUCCAUCUGUCACCCUCCUCUUCCCGCCAUAAUCUCUUUGCCCUUUCAUCGACCUACUCAAGAGUCUCAUCGAAACAUUAACACAUCAACGUUCCCGCCUUCUUCAAUACGGCUUAAGCCCACUAAAUUGAUUCAACCAACAACGCUCCGUUCACAUCUGAGCUAUCCUAUCAUUUCUCCCGACGACCACUGGGGCACAUGGACUGCUCUCUUCGCCACCGGAGCUUUCGGUAUCUGGUCUGAAAGGACCAAGAUUGGGAGCAUGGUGAGUGCUCCGUUAGUGAGCACAUUGGUUGGUCUAGCAGCGAGCAAUCUCGGAAUCAUUCCUUAUGAAACGGCAGCGUAUUCUGUUGUCUUGGAGUUCCUACUGCCGCUAGCUGUUCCUUUACUCUUAUUUAGAGCUGACUUGCGUCAAGUGCUCCGUUCAACUGGGACAUUGCUCUUGGCUUUCUUGCUCGGCUCAGUUGCAACCAUACUUGGAACUACAGUGGCUUUUCUAAUGGUGCCUAUGCGAUCUCUUGGUCAAGAUAAUUGGAAAAUAGCUGCUGCCCUUAUGGGUAGUUAUAUUGGGGGAUCUGUUAAUUACGUUGCAAUUUCAGAGGCACUAGGUACAUAUCCAUCUGUGGUAGCUGCAGGAGUAGCUGCAGACAAUGUUAUUUGUGCAAUAUACUUCAUGGUCCUAUUUGCAUUGGCUUCUAAAAUUCCUCCUGAAGCUUCAGCAUCAAGUAGUGGUGUUGAAAUGGAUGUGCAGUCUGAUUCUGCAGGCAAGAUCCCUGUACUACAGACGGCUAAAGCAGUCACUGUCUCCUUUGUGAUAUGUACGAUUGCUACAUAUCUUACACAAUUGUGUAAGAUUCAAGGAGGCAGUCUUCCAGCUAUAACAGCUAUAGUGGUCAUUUUAGCAACAGCUUUUCCAACACAAUUUGGUCGUCUUGCACCUGCUGGUGAUACCAUUGCUAUGGUUCUGAUGCAGGUAUUUUUUGCUGUGGUGGGUGCAAGUGGGAGCAUAAGGAAUGUAAUCAAAACAGCGCCCAGUAUUUUCUUGUUCGCUCUAGUUCAAGUAACUGUGCAUCUUGGUGUGGUGCUAGGACUUGGAAAACUUCUGAAGUUUGAUUUAAAACAAUUACUUCUGGCAUCAAAUGCCAAUAUUGGAGGCCCUACAACAGCAUGUGGAAUGGCAACUGCAAAAGGAUGGAAUUCUCUGGUUGUUCCUGGGAUUCUUGUGGGCAUUUUUGGAGUUGCAAUUGCUACUUUCCUUGGCAUUGGUUUUGGAGUGAUGAUCCUUAAAUACUUGUAGAGCUUAUCAUUACUAAAUAGUAAAUAGUAUUUCCUGACCCAAAAAAAAGGUAGUCUCUUGAAGCAUUUUCAUUGCCUGUUGCAUCUCUAAAUCCUAAAAGUUGCUAGAGGCAGCUAGCUAGUUGAUUUGAGACACCCAACGGCACCAGCCACCACUCCACUUUAGGCAUUGUUGUACUUCCAUAGUCAAUUGUACGCAACCUUUUUUCUUUUUGGUUUUGGUA